CUUGCACGGAUUUGGGUUACAACUUUGGCCCGUGGCUUGGCCCUGGUUCCCUCCGAAUUGCUGCAAAUUCGCCAUUGUUCCCGGGCUGCUGGCAAAGUUGGAGCCGGAAUUUCUUUUCACCCGGGAGCUGGCGGUGUCGAAGCCUCUGCAAUGAACCCCGUGAAUGCUACUGCUCUCUACAUUUCUGCGAGCCGCCUCGUGCUCAACUACGACCCCGGAGACCCCAAGGCGUUUACCGAGAUUAACAGGCUCCUGCCUUGCUUCCGACAGUCCCUCUCGUGCUGCGUUUGCGGACAUUUGCUGCAAGAUCCCAUUGCACCCACCAACUCCACCUGCCAACAUUAUGUCUGCAAAACUUGCAAAGGCAAGAAAAUGAUGAUGAAACCGUCCUGUAGUUGGUGCAAAGACUAUGAGCAGUUUGAGGAAAAUAAGCAGUUAAGAAUCCUAGUGAAUUGCUACAAAAAACUAUGUGAAUAUAUAACACAGACUACAUUGGCACGGGAUAUAAUAGAAGCAGUCGACUGUUCUUCUGAUAUUUUGGCUUUGCUUAAUGAUGGAUCAUUGUUUUGUGAGGAGACAGAAAAACCCUCAGAUUCAUCCUUUACUCUGUGUUUGACACAUUCCCCUUUACCUUCAACCUCAGAACCCACAACUGAUCCUCAAGCUAGUUUAUCUCCAAUAUCAGAAAGCACUCUCAGCAUUGUUAUUGGCAGUUCUGUUAUCAAUGGUUUGCCUACUUAUAAUGGGCUUUCAAUAGAUAGAUUUGGUAUAAAUAUUCCUUCACCUGAACAUUCAAAUACGAUUGAUGUAUGUAACACUGUUGACAUAAAAACUGAGGAUCUAUCUGACAGCCUGCCACCUGUCUGUGAUACAGUAGCCACUGACUUGUGCUCUACAGGCAUUGAUAUCUGCAGCUUCAGUGAAGAUAUAAAACCUGGUGACUCUCUGUUACUGAGUGUGGAGGAAGUACUCCGGAGUUUUGAAACUGUUUCAAAUACAGAGGUCUGUUGUCCUAAUUUGCAGCCCAAUUUGGAAGCCACUGUAUCCAAUGGACCUUUUCUGCAGCUUUCUUCUCAGUCUCUUAGCCAUAACGUUUUUAUGUCCACCAGUCCUGCACUUCAUGGGUUAUCAUGUACAGCAGCAACACCGAAGGUAGCAAAAUUGAAUAGAAAACGAUCCAGAUCAGAAAGUGACAGUGAGAAAGUUCAACCACUUCCAAUUUCUACCAUUAUUCGAGGCCCAACAUUAGGGGCAUCUGCUCCUGUGACAGUGAAACGUGAGAGCAAAAUUUCUCUUCAGCCUAUAGCAACUGUUCCCAAUGGAGGCACAACACCCAAGAUCAGCAAAACUGUACUUUUGUCGACUAAAAGCAUGAAAAAGAGUCAUGAACAUGGAUCUAAGAAAUCUCAUUCUAAAACCAAGCCAGCUAUUCUUAAAAAGAUCAAAACAGUAAAGGAGAAGAUUCCUAGCCAUCAUUUUAUGCCAGGAAGUCCUACCAAGACUGUGUACAAAAAACCCCAGGAAAAGAAAGGGUGUAAAUGUGGGCGUGCUACUCAAAAUCCAAGUGUUCUUACAUGCCACGGCCAACGCUGCCCUUGCUACUCUAAUCACAAAGCCUGCUUAGAUUGUAUAUGUCGUGGCUGCCAAAACUCCUAUAUGGCCAAUGGGGAGAAGAAGCUGGAGGCAUUUGCUGUGCCAGAAAAGGCUUUAGAGCAGACCAGGCUCACUUUGGGCAUUAAUGUGACUAGCAUUGCUGUGCGUAAUGCUAGUACCAGCACCAGUGUAAUUAAUGUCACAGGGUCCCCAGCAACGACGUUUUUAGCUGCCAGUACACAUGACGACGAAAGUUUGGAUGAAGCUAUAGACAUGAGAUUCGACUGUUAA